AUGGCGAAGAGAAUCACCAAAUCAAUCUUCAAGACAAGCUCUCUCUCAUGCCAAAACAAGCCCUCGACAUGUUCGAUCCUCAGGAGGCAGUCGACAUACACACCGGCUCCUUCCCAUGCAGUUUCCAUCAAGCCUACUGAACUGUCUUGUUCACCCUUAGCGAGACUUCCAACAUCAAGCAUCUUACGAAGUCUGUUUCUGAGCAUCUUCUUCACGAACGCAGCCCUGUUCAGGCCAGGACUAGCAAUUUUCGGCAAGAUUGCAAAUUCACGUUCCGCAUGGCUGAACCCAGAUAACAAUCCUCUGAUACGACCAAUAACUCGCAAGCUGAUAUAUGACCAGUUCUGUGCUGGCAAGAAUCGUGACGAGAUAUCCAACACAUCUUCGAUGAUCAGGGAUCAAGGAUUCACGGGAAUUGCUCUGACAUAUGGCAGAGAAGUGCAGCUGGACAAGCACAACAAGACACAUGGAUGUCAGAAGUCACAGGAAGUCGAGAUUGAGGAAUGGAAGAAUGGCAAUCUUGAGACGAUAGACAUGAUCGGAAGAGGUGACUGGUUGGCUUUGAAAUUCACAGGUGCUGGUGUGUGUAUCACUGAGGCAUUACGGGAAGGAAAACCAGUUCCAGCACAAUUCAUGCAGGCAAUGGAUGAGAUAUGCAAGGGUAUCGCUGCAAAGAAUUGCAGAAUCUGGGUCGAUGCUGAGCAGCAGGCUCUGCAGAAAAGCAUUGACUCAUGGACAUUUGAUCUAAUGAGGAGGUACAAUAUAGGGGGACAGCUCUUGAUAUACAGCACAGUGCAGGCAUAUCUCAAGUCAUCAAGGGACAAAGUUCAGCGACAAUUGGAACUUGCUGCGAAAGAAGGUUGGAGAUCCGGAAUCAAGCUUGUUCGUGGUGCAUACAUUGCCAACGAUCAAAGAAGUUUGAUCCAUGACACGAAAGCGGACACUGAUGCAUCCUACAACGGUAUUGUCGACGAUCUGCUUCGAGGGAGGAACUUCCCAAUUUUUGCAUCACAACCAGAUCUGAAAUUCGACCUUCUCUUGGCUGGACACAAUUCAAAAACUAUCAGAACAGCUGCAAAGUUGGCAAAUGAGCUUGCCAGUGCAGGGCAACUGAAAGUCAUUCCAGAGUUCGCUCAACUGCAAGGGAUGGCUGACGAUAUUGGUUGUGAGCUAGUUCAGAUGGGAGAUGAUAUGGUCAAGGAGAAUCCCAACACGUUAUUUGUGCCGAGAGUGUACAAGUGUUUGACGUGGGGAUCAAUUCAAGAAUGCAUGCAGUAUCUGCUACGGCGACUGGUCGAGAAUCGUGGUGCUGCGGAUAGGAUGAAGGAAGGAGCUGUUCAGCUACGACAGGAGUUGAGGAGGAGAUUAGUAGGGUUCUGA